AUGGCCGUGAACUUCUUCACUCCAUGCCAAAUGGGCAAGUUUGAUCUCUCUCAGUCACAGGUACUAGCGCCUAUGACAAGAUGCAGAGCGAUCAAUGAGAUUCUGUUGCCGGCUCAUUCGGAGUACUACGCGCAAAGAUCGGCCAAGGGUGGUCUUCUCAUUACUGAAGGCACCCUCAUCUCAGACACGGCCAACAGGUUCCCAGGUACUCCUGGGAUUUACACUGAAGAGCAAGUCGAAGCAUGGAAGAAGGUGGUGGAUGCUGUUCACUCCAAAGGCGGCAUAAUUUUCUGUCAACUUUGGCACGCUGGUCGUGCCUCCAAUCAAAUUUAUCAGCCAGGUGAGGGUGCGCCAAUUUCGUCAACCAACCGGUCCAUAUCGGAGAACUGGAAAAUACUCAUGUCUGAUGGAACCCAAGACAAUUUCUCCAAACCUCGAGCCUUGGAAACAUGUGAAAUUCCGAAUGUUGUCGAGCAGUUUCGUCAGGCAGCAAUCAACUCCAUCCGAGCAGGUUUCGAUGGGAUUGAGCUCCAUGCAGCACAUGGAUAUCUCAUUGAUCAAUUUCUGAAGGAUGGAAUCAACGAUAGAACAGAUGAAUAUGGUGGUUCAAUUGAAAAUAGGUGCAGAUUCUUGAUGGAAAUUGUCCAAGCGGUAGUUGCAGCUGUUGGUAGAAUGACGGUCGUAGCCGAUGGUGAUGUGGAUUUGAUAUCGUACGGUCAAAUUUUCAUUUCUAAUCCUAACUUAGUAUAUAGGUUCAAGAUCAAUGCCCCAUUAAAUGAGUAUGUCCGAGAGAUGUUUUAUACUCAUGACCCUGUUGUUGGAUACACAAACUAUCCUUUUCUUAACCAAGAAAGUAACGACAAGGACUCUCACAUGACAAAAGUUUGUUCUUGA